UGUUGUCCUGUCCUGUCUCAUGAGAACAGGGUCAGGAAAACAAACAUGGCGGCAUCCAGUGUUUUCAGACCGGGCUUGUUCAACCAUAAAGUUGCAAUAGUAACGGGUGGAGGGACCGGUAUCGGUAAAGCUAUCUCUGCAGAGCUGCUGGAGCUAGGCUGCAAUGUGGUGAUCUCCAGUAGAAAGCUGGAGAGGUUGGAGACAGCAGCCCAGGAGAUGAGACAGAAAAUCCCAACCUCCAGCCCCGCACACGUCACUCCCAUGAUCUGCAACAUCCGUAAUGAAGACGAGGUGAAAACUCUUGUAUCAUCGGUGCUGAAGCAGUACGGCCGGAUAGAUUUUCUGGUGAACAAUGGAGGAGGUCAGUUCAGCAGUCCAGUAGAACACAUGUCCUCUAAAGGCUGGAAGGCCGUGAUAGACACAAACCUGACUGGAACCUUCCACUGCUGCCAGGAAGUCUACACAGCAUGGAUGAAACAACACGGAGGCGUGAUCAUCAACAUUAUCGCCGACAUGUGGAAAGGUUUCCCGGGCAUGGCCCACACGGGAGCAGCGAGGGCAGCGGUGGAUAACUUAACGAAGAGUCUGGCCAUCGAGUGGGCAGCCUCAGGAGUCAGAGUCAACGCUGUUGCUCCUGGUACCAUUUUUUCCAAAACUGCCAUGGAGAACUAUAAGGAGCUUGGACCAAACCUUUUCAAAAUGUCUGUUCCAUUUAGUCCCGCAAAGAGACUUGGAGUGCCAGAAGAGAUCUCCUCAGCAGUUUGUUUCCUGCUCUCACCUGCCGCCUCCUACAUCUCUGGGGCAACCCUGAGGGUCGAUGCAGGGCAGAGUCUGUACCACUCCAUGUGGGAGAUACCCAACCACAGUGCAUGGCCUGAGGCUCCAGAAGGGGAAAACCUGGACUCUUUGAAGGACCUGCUCAACCCACAAAGCAAACUCUAAUGCAGUGUUGUGUCAUGUUCUGAAUCCAGUGCAUUAAACCACACAAACAUCUGUCCAGUGAGCACAAUACAGACACCACAAGCACUGUCACAGAGACUAGACACCGUUGUGGCCUUGUUAUAAGAUAGUGUGAUUUCUAAUGCAAUUCAUGUGAUUCAUCUGUUGUAUUGUAUGUAAUUAAUAUCAACGUGUGUGAUUAUUUUUCUGAGUAAUUAUUUGUGACAUAAACUGUUUUUAUGAAUGUAGAAUACCUUUUGAUUAAAUAUUUUUCUGUUGUAUUUUUGUUUUUUCAAAACAGCUGCUACAUACUACUAUUACAAAUGGAGACAAAAAGGGAAAAAGCAAAACAUAGACAGAAUGUUGAAUAUUAAACACAAAUCAAAACUCUUUGUAUGUUUUAAUUGCUUUUUAAUUUGUACCGAUUUAGCAUUUUUUGAGGCUGUUCCAAAUUUGAGGAGCUACAAUGUCAUAAGCAUUAGUUCAGUGUUCAGUCUGAACAGCUGCACAGACACAGCUAACAGGCUCUGAGGAUCUCUUGUUCCUCACAGAGGUGAGAGGAGACCAAUACUAUUCAGUAGUUCCACAGUUCAUAUAUAAAAUGGAAAACUAAGAAGUAAAAGUUUGCUACUACUGAAAUGAAAGCUUUAAAAUCAUUAAUCUAAUGUAAUACUGAGGUAAUUGUGAAAUGACUAUCUGCGGAUACAAAAUGUACCAAAUUGUUAAUAUAGCUAUAUAUAAGUAUAUUAACUAUUUUGUUUAUUAUAAUACUUUAUUGCCUAGACUACACUGUGAUUUUUAACAGGGAUGACUAUGCACACAUUUAUAAGGUUGGAUAUAAGUAAAACUGACAUUAUUAAAUACCUUACCACAACUUUA